AUGGUUGACGCAAAUAGGUCAUUGUUGGUAAAAUACUGCGUGCGGCCAGAGGCGCCACAUGACUGCGACAAUAUUCCUUGCGACCCAUUGGAGGAGGUGGAAGGAGAGUGUCCGAAGCCAUACAUUUGUGCAGAAAGGAUAAAAAACCCAGCUUUACCACAUGAAAAUACUCGCUGUCUACCUGGAUCCUUUAUAAAUGUUAAAAGUUGCUUCGUACCCGACCCUGACCAUCCAUGUGACCCGCCUGUGCCGUGCAGCGUCAAAGGUAAAACCAGAAAUUGCCAAGACCCAACAUUGUGUCAUCAUAGGCUCAAAAACCCUGAGAUUCCAAAGCGACGUAUCACUAACGAUUGUGAUCCCAAUAAAUAA